AUUAAAGGCCGGAGUGGCCCCGUCUGCUUUCUUGAAGGCAGUUUUAGCUGGUAGGGACUCAUCUAUUACUUUCCAUCUUACCUGUUACUUGUAUUCUCACUUUAUCAUUGAAUCUAGAUCAGUGUUCAAGUACUUGUUAUUCAAUCCUAUUAUAUUAAGCGAUUUGUAUCCAUUCAAUCAACUAAGAACUAUUCAUGUUCUAUGUUGCCUUAAAAGUUUGAAAUUGGACCGGAUGUCCAAAAAUACAUUUCUUGACAAUGGAUUUUCCCAAUCAACUUUCUUACCGUCAACUUCCCCCUUCCUCGGGGAUGUCAUUCCAGUAACAAUCACUUGCAGUUUGCAGCUCGUCCAAGCAAGUUGACAGAUCUUAUAACUACUGUCUCAAUCAGUGUCUUACAGUUUACCCGUCCUACAUGGAGUAUACUCGAAGUCUCACUGAGUUUCGAGAACACAUAUCAAAGACUGGCUCCUUUGAAGUUCCAGUGGCAAAUUGUGGUUCCAAGUAUUACAAUUCUCAGGAAAAGGAGAACAUGUCAAUGAAGAGCUACAUAGUUUAUUGGAAGGACUAUAUUGCAAAUGGAUAUCCAGAAAAAUCCAAGAUUUUGUAUCUGAAGGACUGGCAUUUCAAUAAGGCUGAUCCUUCACAAUGCAUUUAUAAGGUGCCAAAUGUCUUCUGUUCAGACUGGUUAAAUGAAUAUUUCACUCUUAACCCGGCACUGAAUGAUGAUUACCAAUUUGUUUAUAUGGGUCCAAAAAACAGUUGGACUCCUUUUCAUGCAGACGUGUUCACUUCAUUCAGUUGGUCUGCAAAUGUAUGCGGACGCAAGAAAUGGAUAUUGUUUCCACCAGGGGAAGAAAAUUGUUUCAAAGACAAAUUUGGAAAUGUAGUUUAUGACAUUCAGUGUCCUGAUUUAACAGAUCCCAAUUUAUAUCCUAAUUACAAGAAUCUGAAAAAGAGCUUUGAAGUGAUUCAGAAUCCAGGAGAAGCCAUUUUUGUACCUUCCGGCUGGUACCACCAAGUUUGGAAUCUGGAGGACACCAUCUCCAUUAAUCACAACUGGGUGAACGCUUGUAAUGCGACCACUGUGUGGCGGGCACUUCAGACUAAUCUAAUCAAUGUACAAAACGAAAUUUCAGACUGCAAGGAUAUGGAUGGCUGGCAUGAGCAUUGCCAAAUCAUACUCAGAGCUAACUUUGGUAUGAAUUAUGCGGACUUUUUCAAUUUUCUCAAAUUUAUACUGGAUAGACGGACUGAAGCGAUCAGACAAGAUGAGAAUUUAGUUUUCAAUUCAUAUGUAUUUGGCAAAAAUCAUCUACUGCAUGAUAUUCGAAUAGUGAGGAACAUUCUAAAUGACAUGAUAUCAGACCCUGAUGUUAAAAUUCUAAAUGAUUGUGAAACAAUGUGUAUUGAUGAAAUUAUUAAAUUAGUUAAUAGUAUUAACAGCUUAUUAGUUAGCAACAAUAAUAUUUUAGAUUUUAAGCUCAAAAGUACCUCAAGCUGAAUUGAAAUAGUAAAAUGAUUUUAAAACAAUAUCCAGCGCUUUAUUACCUAGUAGUGAAAAAGACUUUAUACUAUUCUUUUUCAAUUUGUAAAACUUGAAGUACAUAGCCGACAUAUACCUGGAAUGUUCAGCUAAGCACAAUGUACCUAAAAUACAUUGGUUAAGCCCAUUCGUAUUCUAUCACUGUGUUAAUACAUGUUCAAAUCCUAUA